GAUUCUUAAUUUAUGCAUUGCUGCUAAUUGUAUUAACAGGAGGAGAUCCAGAAGAAAACUGGCUAUAUUGUAAUGAGAGCAGAGGGAGUAUAUGAUGUCCAUGCCCAUGCAUCUAUUUAUUGGCUGAGGACUUGAAUAUCAAAAUGGCAGAGGAACAUCAGUGUCAGACCGAAUAGGGUUUCGUAUGCGAAGUAUUUGGAUACAUCCCUGGGCUAUUAAGAGCAUCAAAGUUUCCUCAAAAGGGAUAAUCAAGAUGAUGAUGAUAAGCAUGAUGAAGAUGGAUCUGGUCAUCAAGAUUUGAAGGAAAGGCAUCAAAUAUAUAGACUUGAGAUAUUAGCUGCAAAUGCCUGAAAGGUUAGUGCUGUUCGUUUUGAGCAGAUAAACAAUGGGGAAGCAAUGUCAGAGGCCAAAAAUGGAACUCGAUUGAUUCCCAAAUUCAUGAAGAGGAAAGGGAACAGUGACAAAUUGGAUAACAUCACCUAUGAUGAGAACGCAUUUCAGAAGAGAUAAGAGAAUUGCCUUUCUGAUUGCUUUGUAGUUCUGAAGAUACAUAAGAUAAUGGCCAUUAGCUACAUUACAUAUUCUGUUUUCUUCUUUAGCUCGUUCUUUUCGUUCCCAUAUUCUUACUGCCCCAUGAAGAGCAAACGGAAGGAAACCACAGGAUUACUAGGUAGACUAACAUUGUAAUACUUUUUCACAGAUGAAGUGAAGUAUCAACAUCUGAAAUAUCAUCAUUGUCAGUUGUGCAUAUGACAGUGUCUCUGGAUCAUAAAUUCUCCAACAUUGGAGUCUGAAUGAUCUGAACCUGGGUAUUCAUGCUCUGCAGACUAGCUUCUCUUUUGAGUGUACACUGAAGAGGCAGCUCUGACUGAAGCAUGAGUACAAGGUGUAAAAGCAAUCUGUAUGGCACAUAAGCUGCAUUGAUCUGCCUUGAUUCAGGCAACAUCCGUAAGAGCUCUUUCUCCUGCCUUAUCUUCUUGGCUCUCUCCAACUGUCUGAACCUUUCUUGCAGAAGAGCAAUGGAUGGAUGAACGACUGUUGGAUCAAUCUGUUAAUAACUCUUAAAGGAUAAU